AUGAAGAAAGCAACUAAUGGUUAUGAUGAAAGCAGAAUCCUGGGUCAGGGAGGUCAAGGAACAGUCUACAAAGGGAUAUUGUCAGAUAACUCUAUAAUUGCUAUAAAGAAAGCUCGACUUGGAGACAGUAGCCAAGUAGAGCAAUUCAUCAACGAAGUGCUCGUGCUUUCACAAAUUAAUCACAGGAACGUGGUCAAGCUCUUGGGAUGUUGUCUAGAGACCGAAGUUCCCUUGCUGGUUUAUGAGUUCAUUACCAGUGGCACCCUUUUCGAUCACUUGCACGGUUCCAUGUUUGAUUCUUCUCUUACAUGGGCACACCGUCUAAGGAUAGCAAUAGAAGUCGCUGGAACUCUCUCAUAUCUGCACUCCUCAGCUUCUAUUCCCAUAAUCCACCGCGAUGUCAAGACUGCUAAUAUUCUCUUGGAUGAAGACUUAACUGCAAAAGUAGCUGACUUUGGUGCAUCAAGGCUGAUACCGAUGGACAAAGAGCAGCUCACAACAAUGGUGCAAGGCACUCUCGGGUAUUUAGACCCAGAAUACUACAACACAGGGCUUCUGAACGAGAAGAGCGAUGUUUAUAGCUUUGGGGUAGUCCUCAUGGAACUAAUCUCAGGUGAAAAGGCAUUGUGCUUUGAACGGCCACAGACAUCAAAACAUCUGGUGAGUUACUUUGGUUCUGCCAUGAAAGAGAAUAGGUUGCAUGAGAUUGUUAAUGGGCAAGUGAUGAACGAGGAUAAUCAGUGUGAGAUCCAGGAAGCUGCAAGAAUUGCUAUUGAGUGUACAAGAAUUAUGGGAGAGGAAAGGCCAAAGAUGAAAGAAGUAGCUGCAGAGCUAGAGGCCUUGAGAGUCAAAGCAACAAAGCAUAAGUGGUCGGAUCAGUAUCCUGAGGAGAAUGAACACUUGCUAGGUGUUCAAACCUUAUCAGCACAAGGCGAUACUAGUAGUAGCCGUGGUUAUGACAGCAUUAAGAAUGUACCAAUAUUGGACAUUGAAGCUGGCCGCUGA